GCAUCAGAUAUCACUGGAUAUGCGUGGAUUUCACGUGAAAUAUUCAAGUGUAGACGUGGAGUUUCAGAACUAACGGUAAAACGACCAACACGCGAUGAUGUGUCACAGAGUAGCAUCGCUAAAACACAAGAUGCUGUGGCUCGCUGUCUUCCUUCUGUUUGUCCGCACGUCCGUGUCCGCCGACUGGGAUCCAAGAGCAAUGAACAGAAAUAGCAGAGAUAAGUCAAAUAUGCAGGCACAAUUUAGUGUACCGAAAGAAAACUUCGAAGACAAGGUGGAUAUCUCGACACUUGACAUCAAGGAGAAAGUGAACGAUGGGCUCAGCCCGAAUGAAAUGUUUGCCAAGAAGCCGACAGAGGAGGAGACUGACAUUCUGAAGGACGUACUGGUUAUCAGCAAUCAGGUGGAUGGUAACUGGGGGGCGUGGGGGACGAAGACGUAUGGAAACUGCUCUACCUCGUGCGGGUCCGGAAAAAGAAAGUAUACUCAACAGCGAGUCUGUAACAACCCGAAACCCAGUGGGAAUGGAAAGAACUGCGUGGGAGAGAGUGUCCAAAACGGAAACAUCAGCUGCGAAAUCCAGCCAUGCCCAGUGGAUGGCCAGUGGGGUGCGUGGGGAGGUCGGGAAUACGGGCCCUGUUCCGUAACGUGCGGUGAGGGAACUCGUCAAUAUACGCAAACUCGUUCCUGUUGCAACCCCAUCCCGAGGUUCGGCGGAAAGCCGUGCCCUGGCAUCCGAGAGCGAGUCGGGCCGAUCUUGGGGUGUAACGUAGCUCCGUGUUGCGUCGAUGGUGCGUGGUCGGUGUGGAGUCACGCCGACAAGGGUCCCUGUUCGGUUUCCUGUGGCGGAGGAGCACGAAAAGUCAUGCUGGUACGCUCCUGUGAUAACCCGCUGCCUCAAAAUGGCGGCCAGAAUUGCAGUGGACCCCACUCCCGGUCAAAAAUAUUGUUAGGAUGCAAUCUGCAGUGCUGUGACACAAGUUUGCUCAGUGAUAAGGUCUACGUCUCUAACUGCAGUGACGUCAUAGAACACCAUAUUACUACCAGUGGGGUGUUCACGAUCCAACCACGUGACUCUGGGUUACCACUCCGUGCAUACUGUGACAUAGAGGACAACAAAAAGGCUUGGCUGGUGAUUCAGCGAAAGAGCAACGGGUCGUUGAAUUUCAACAAAACCUGGUACGAAUACGCAGACGGAUUCGGCGAAAUUGAUUCCGAUUACUGGCUUGGUAACAAUGCCAUUCAUCGCAUCACCAAACAAGGUCAGUACGAGCUGCAGAUCGAUCUGGAAACCAACACAGCAGAGAGGAAACACGUCACGUACGAUACGUUUUACGUUGCUGGGGAAAAUCUUUCUUUUAAACUCAAAGUGAUCGGUUUCCAUGGAGAUAUAAGUAAGUUAUAA